AUGCUAUAAAAAUGAGAUGAGAUUUUAUGAUUUACGGCAGAGACUUGACUUUUUACAACUGGUCAUGUGGGUUUAUCGAAUUUCUUUGAAUUUGGCGACAAAAAUUGGUCACACACAACUAAGAUUUCUGCACCUAAUAUGUAAAUAUCGCAGACAGAUAAUGAAAUGAAAUCAUGAUAUGGUGAAGAUCAACUUCACAACAGCUCAAUUAAAGAUAUAAAGAUGCCAUUUUUGGCAACCGGAGACUGUGUCAUGCUAAACCUAGCGUUUAAAUAUUUGGUGGUAAAUUGCUGAUAUCUUUUCAGACUUAUCAUUGGUGAAAUUUCUCCAUGGUGGCCCGACACAGCAAAAAGAAAAUGUAUCUAUCCAAUCGAUCAUCACUUUAACACCUCAAUGACUUGUCCCGGCACGUACUUAGUUUAGUGGGAGCGACAGCACAUCUCUUUCGCUACUUAUAGGUCCAGGCUGAGUUAACUUGGCUCCUAUCCCUGUUCUCCUCCCUUUCAGUGACAUCCUUUCAUUAGGUCUUAUACUGUAACAUGGCUGGUACAUCUUUCUUCUAUCACUGUUUAUUGACUUACUGGAGACGGAAAAACUGUCACCGAAAAACAACAAGCAUAUAUUAAUUCAUUUAAUUAUUAAAUGUUUGUUUACCUCCAUAGAGAAAGGGAACAUGGAUAGGGAUAGAAGACAGAGUUCAGGGAGAGACAGGUGAGGAAAAGUAAAGAAAAAAAUAGAGGGUGGGGUAAAGAAAGAUAGAUGAGACAACAAAUUUACUUAUCAUAGGAAGUCUGGAUUGUAUCCCGAUUGGUCUAAUAGUCCAAGAUUCAAGCCUUAGCGGUACCGUACUUCAAAAGGCAAGUUUCCAAUACAAAUUAAAUACGAAAUAAAUGACAAUUAUUAAUGCAAUUAUAGAUACAAUUUUUUUUUAGUCUAUUAAUCCUUUAUUUAUUUUUCUCAGACUCCACACAGUCACAUUGCCCCCAUGGCAAACCUUUUGAUCUGGCUUGUGCUGGUAAAUGGCUUGUAGAAAAACUAUUUGGCCAGUAUUUAUUUAUCUCCUUUUAGGUUAAAUUAAAUUGUAUUUGCAUAACGCCAAAUCUUAAUGAACAUUAUCUCAAGGCACUUUUCAUAGAAGGUUGAGACCUUAAAAUGAUAAAGAAGGUCAUUUUGGAUCCUAGCCAUGAAUCAGGAACAAAAGAGGAGUAUUUCCUUUAACUCAACACAGGUUUUAUUCUAGUUUAGCUUUGGAUGGAGCAAGGCUAGCUGCUUCCUCCUGCCUCCAAUCUUUGAGCUAAGCCAAGCUAAUGGGCGGUUGGCUGUAUUUUCCUAUUGAGCAUACAGACAUCUUUUCACAGAACCGGCAGCAAGAAAUUUGAUUAAUAAGACUACUUAAAAUGUUAGUUACUUAAAUAACACUCAUUUAAUUAUAUUUUAUAUCUAACAAUAAUUGUGUAACUGUAACAUUCUGUGUUAUAGUUGUCAUUGUUUUUGGUUCAAACUCUGUUCUAAAUUACUUGUAGUCUCUUCAUUCAGUCACUAAGAGUCGUGUGAUUAUGACUUUGAUGUAAAGCAUAUUCAAUGUUGUUGCUGUUGUCGUAGGAGUUUUAAGUAGCAGCAGUCUGGCUGAUUUACAGUUCUCAGAGUGUGUGUGUGUGCGUGUGUGCGUGCGUGCGUGUGUGUGUGUGAGAGAGAGAGAGUGUGUGUGUGUGAGACAGACAGUGCUGUUGUCAGAACAAGCCUAGUGAGGCAUAAAAAGAGGAUGGAGGGCCUGUUUGCCUGCUGGAGCUGCUUGCAUUAUCAUUGGCUGCCUGUCUACGGGCCACGAUGACGGUUAAGACAGCUGAGAAUGAGCCGCCUCGUCAAUACGCUGAUCCUAAUGAUCAAGAAGAAGAGGCUUCUUCAUCUUCCAGUGAAGAGGAGGAGAGUGAUCAGCGGCAGAAUGAGGAAAUGUUUGGCAAAGUGGUCUGUGUGGAGGGGGUCACCACCGGGGACAAGAAGAAGAGCACGUGGUACCCUGCACUGGUCAUCUCCCCGGACUGCAAUGAAGAUGUGAAUAUGAAAAAGGACAACAUCUUCGUCCGCUCGUUCAAAGAUGGAAAAUUCUCCACGGUGCUGAGGAAGGACGUCCGUGAGAUCAGUAGCGACUGUCCUCCAAAAGCCGACGCAGGGCUCAAACCUGCGCUGGACGCAGCCUUCGAGUUCCAGCAUCAGUUGCUCGUGCCCAGCACCUGGAAGACAGAAGUGAAAGAAGAAAGCUCCAGCAGUGAGGAGGAGGAUGAUGAUGAAGAGGAAGAGCAGCAGGCAGAUGCCAGUGGUGAAGAAGAAGAGGAGGAAGUGGAGCCGUUUCCAGAGGAGAGGGAGAACUUCCUGCAACAGCUUUACAAGUUCAUGGAGGAUCGAGGAACUCCCAUCAACAAACGACCCGUUCUGGGCUACAAGAACCUGAACCUGUUCAAGCUCUAUAGGCUGGUGCACAAAUUGGGAGGCUUUGAGAAGAUUGAAAGUGGUGCCGUUUGGAAGCAAGUCUAUCAGGAUCUGGGAAUCCCUGUCCUUAACUCUGCCGCUGGCUACAAUGUAAAAUGUGCUUACCGCAAGUACUUGAAUGGAUUUGAAGAAUACUGCACUUCCACGGCCAUAACCUUCAGGAUGGACCUCCCCUUGAAGCAGGGUCCUAAGGGGGAGGUGAAGUCUGAGGGGGAGGCAGGAGGAGCAGCUCCCACAUCCUCUGGAUCAGAGGAGCAGAAAGCCCAGGAAGAUGAGGAACCUUGCAGUGCACAGUCUGUAGUCUGCAAGGAGGAGAAACCUGAUACAACGGAGUCUGAACCUCCAAAGUCUGUGGAAAAGGAGAGUACGGAUGAUGAAGAUGGGGAAGAAGACGCCCCCCACAACGGAGACGCAGAGGAGGGCUCGUCGACUGCUCACCUUGCAGCCGAGCAUGUGAAACAGGAGCUCGACGAGGAGCAGGAGAGCAAGGACAACUCUGGGGAUGACAGCAGUCAGGAGGGGGAGGAGGGGGAGGAGUUUGAGUGUUACCCCCCGGGGAUGAAGGUGCAGGUGAGGUAUGGGCGAGCCCGCAAUCUGAAGACGUACGCGGCCACUGUGAAAGAGGCAGACGUGGAGGGGGGAGAGGUGCUCUACCUGGUGCACUACUGUGGCUGGAACGUCAGAUAUGAUGAAUGGAUCAAAGCUGACAAGAUUGUGCGCCCCGCCAAUAAGAAUGUUUCAAAAAUAAAGCACCGCAAAAAAAUAAAGAACAAAAAUGAGAGGGAGCGAGACAGGCUGGAGAGGAUCAAUGACAGAGAAGUCCUUGGCCCGUCGCCGAACGGUAACCGCGUCCCGCGCUCCAAAUGUGGCCUGAGUCAGGAUGUCUUUUCCAAGAUGGACGAGGGUGAGGACAAAGGGACUGCAGUCAAGUCUAUAGAAAUUACCUCUAUCCUCAAUGGCUUGCAAGCCUCGGAGAUGUCCUCUGACGAGAGUGAGCACGAGGAUGACGAGUCGGAGCAUCUUGAAGAGGAUCACCCAGGUUGCAGAGGCAGCCUCAAAAAGGCCCCACUAGAGUCGCCGCAAACAUCAGAGCGUUGGGAGGGCGGGACUCCUCCUGAAGGAUCCAGACCUGCUCCAGUCUCAGGAAAGAGCCAGGAUGUAGUCAAUGCAGAUAGCACAGAUUCUGGGAAGCGCAGAAGUCAUCCUGAGUCAGAGGGAGAGGCAAGCACCAGGAAGAGGAAAUCUGACAGUGCAGCUGAGAGGACCCUGAAAGGCCAAUCCAAAGCUAAGACGAGGAACACCAGAAGUGCCGACUGGUUACCUGGAGGCUCUCCCAGGAAAAUGGAUGAGAGAGCGGCCGGUCCCGGGGAGGAGAGGGGCCCCUCAUCUAACAGCAGCUCAGAUUCUGAGGGUGCAGCGCUGGCCGAGGCCCCGGCUGAGGGACCUCAACGAGGCCGCCCAAAGACCAAAGGUUCCCCUUCUAAGAAAUACAACGGGAUGAAGGAGAAGUCCAAAUCAAGCAGACAAGCAGGGUUUUGGGAGAUUCCUGAAAAGAGGGCAAAGGCAUCUGGGAAUGCUGAGGAAAGGCCCGCUGUCCGUGCUAAAGGACAAAAGGAUGUGUGGUCAAGCAUCCAGGCGCAGUGGCCGAAGAAAACUCUCAAAGAGUUGUUCUCUGACUCGGACACAGAGGCUGCAAACUCUCCUCCCCCGCCUGUACCCUCGUGCCCGGAGGACCCGAGUCUGGACCAGGAUGCUGGGCCCGAGGAAGAAGCCUCAGAGGAGCAGAUGGAGAACGACAAACUCCAGGAGUUUCCGAGCAGCGGCAGUAACUCUGUACUCAACACACCGCCAACAACGCCUGAGUCCCCCUCGGGAGGAGGCAGCACCGUGGAAGACUCUGUUCAACUGCAGCCUUCCUCCCCACCGCCGUCCAUACCCCCUGCCUUGCCUUCAGAGACACUUGCUGACGCUCUUCCCCCAGGACCCAUACAGGAGGAGGUGGCAGGCGGGCGCAGUGAGACGGACAGCAGCACGGUUGAGGUGGAGAGUCUGGGCGGGGAGCUGCAAGACCUCCCUCAGGACGAAGGGACGGGUUCACCCUCGAAGGUUUUCGAUGUCAGCCUCUCCUACAACAACAGCAGCAGCAACUGCAGCCUCGAGCUGAGCAGCAGCAGCCAACAGGAGAGCGAGCAGAAGGCCAAAGGUACAAAUAACGCGUCUGCAAGUCAGAAGCGGCAGAAAGAAUUGCAGACAGGCGGAGCCUCAAAGAAACAAAAGCCAAACCGCAAGAGCAUAGGUGUGCCUCCAAAAAAGAAUAGGAAAACAGCCCACAGCAGUGACAGUGAGGACCAGUCUGUGGUUGAGGGCAGUGCCAAAUCCACUCCCUCUAAGAUCAACACAUCAGACGUGAAGGCUGCCGCUUCACCCAAGUGUCACGGACGAUCUCCGCCCUCGAGCCAUAAGUACCACAAGCAGAGUGAAGCCGACCACAGCCAUCACCGAGACCACCAUGGGAGAUCGCAGCGUGUCUACAAGUGGAGCUUCCAGAUGUCUGACCUGGAGAAGAUGAGCAGUCUGGAGAGGAUUUCAUUUCUUCAGGAGAAACUGCAGGACAUCAGAAACCACUACCUCUCCCUCAAGUCUGAGGUGGCAACCAUAGACCGACGACGAAAACGCAUGAAGAAGAAGGAACGGGAAAGUACGGUGGCUGCUUCCUCUUCAUCCUCCUCCUCCUCCUCCCCGUCCUCCAGCUCUCUGACUGCGGCGGUCAUGCUGACACUGGCUGACCCUCCGGUGUCAUCCUCCUCCUCUCAGAACUCUGGGGUAUCAGUGGAGUGCAGGUGACAGGACGAACCAGUAACAAGCCACCGCACCAAGCACUUAACCAGCACCCUGGGGUCACCGCCCCCAUUCCCUUCAAACAGGACGGACAACUAAACCUACAUACUGUAACUACUGGGGCACAAAAUCCAGACCAGAGACAAAAAAAAAACAAGAAACAAGCACUAUUUUCUAUUGACAACUGUUUCCUUGGCAAGCUAAUGGCACUUAAGUGCACUUUUAUGAAGAUUGUGUAGGGGGGAUGAAAUUUGUCAACAACAUCAAAAAUAUUGUCUUUAGUGCUCUCUUUAAUUGAACAUUUCUAAGAAUUGUUUUUGCAAGCAAUAAUUUUUUUUCCAUUUGAAAAAGUUGUAUUGGUAACGGAUGAUUUCCAGCAAUGACCCCUUGUGCUCUGUCCUCAUGGCUCAGCAUGGCACAGCCUGUGUUUGCCGUGUUUUUAUUAUUCUGGGGAAUUCCGAGGAACACUGCCACAUUGGCAUUAUGGGCAUUUUGAAAUUAAACUUUGCCAGUUUCUCUGUCCACUCGCAUUACAAGGCCUUUAAACCUCGAGCGGUUGAUGAUGGUCUUCUCAUGUAAAGGGGUGUGGUCCCGUAAGUGUUCCCACUGAGUCACACCAGGUGGUGAUAGAGGGUUUCCAGCCAUCACAGGUCCACUGACAGCCUCAGUGGAUGAAUAUGAUGAAUAAGGAAUGAUACUGUAGUGCCUUUUUGUUAUUUUCUGCUGGGCACUUUGAGAAAGGACAGCACCCCCCCCCCCCCCCCCCGACCCUCUUCUCAAAUCAGAGGGUCAAACUGGAAUAAUGUGUCCCUUAUGAAAGACUGAAGAUUUCUGCAUUAGUGAGCCGGCAGUGAAGGGCUGACACUGAUAACAAUGUUUUUGAUCAGUGAUGGUCAUUUUGAAGAAUUGUAAAAGCAGAGCUCCUGCUAUGGAUCACCUGAAAUCUAAUCAUUCAGCUCGGGUACAACAAGUUUGGCAGUGAAAAUGUGCAAUGAUGGAGUUGGCGAAUGCAGUGGUCACAUUACUUGAGUUCAUUUGCCUUUUAAAAGCCCAUCUGCUUUAUUUUUAUUUUGUUUUCAUCACCCCGAUCCCAUCGUCUUCACUGAAUGUGAUGGUGCACAUCAGUGGAAGGCAGCCGCCACAGCAGGAGAAGUUAUUUACAGCAUGAACUCAGCUCUGACACAUGAAUGCGGCCGAGUUCCACAUAACCAGUGUUUUCAUGACGUUAUUUAAUCAAGUCUCAUUUUGCUUCAUAAAAUAAAGCAACAGCAUCUCAUUCUCAUUUACUCAUAAUCAGUAAGGACACGCCAGCUUCCUCUCAUACUCAUCCCUACCAAAAACGUUUGGCUCUGUUUCCUGUGCUAAGACCAGAUCAAAAGGUAAAGAUAUUGUAAAUGUGCAUUUAUAUCAUAAAGUGACGUAUGUGUGUACAUUUCGGAAGAUCUCCAGUGUUUCCUUUGUAUAGACUCCCUAUUGUACGAUAAACUGAAGUUGCGUUUUGUUUGGCACUUGUAUGUAAUUGUAUGCUUUUGUUAUACAUUUGUAUAUUGAGAAGUGUUUUGAGUCAAGCUAUUUAAUAUCUUGCACUGUUAAUAACAUGUACUUUUCUGUACAGACAGUUUUACGGUUUUAACUGUAGAUUGAGUGUAAAUACUGAGGGUUACAGCAUGUUUGUUCUCCUCCUUUGUCCUCUGUUUCUCUAGGAACCAAUUUAUUUGAGUUUAUUUUCUGUUCUGCCUCUUAUCUUGAGUUGUCUUAGUCUUUCCUUAUUUCUUUUUUUAUUUCAUGUUUUUGCUUCAGUUCAUAUUCCUGUUUUUGUUUUCCAAGAGCUUGUUGCUUGUAAGAGGAGAAUGGUGGUUUUCGAAUGCGGCAGAACUAUUUUCCAACCUGUACAUGGCCUGAAGCUAAAGCUGUAUGAAGCUGUAUAUGGAGAAAAAAAAGGGUCGGGAUCAUAGAUAAAGAGAAAGUAAUGGAGCUUAUUGAAAAAUGCUCAAUAGUAUUUAUUAGGCUCAUCUGAUGAUGGUCAUUGUGUAAUUUAUUGUAAAAAUGUAAGCAAAGCAGAAGCCUCUGUUUGAAAUAAAUGCCAUAGUUUGUGAAGUA